GCGCACGUACAGAAUGACGGAGGCACAACGUCAACGCUUUCCCGCUCGGCACACACACACACACACACACACACACACAUUGUUUCCGCCACCUCACCAUCGGCGUGCGCGCUGGUCUACCACCGCCACCGUUCUCGCAACAGCAGCAAAGGGCUUAAAUAGCACGUUGCAUCGCCGUUGAUGUCUUCAUCGAGACGAGGAGCCGGACGGCCCCCGGGUGACACGUCUGUCUCCGGCUGCGUCCGCACGCUCGACGUUUACCCUAUCAAGCUUUCCCCCACAACGUCGCAGGACGCUGACAGAGAGCGCACCUCCUCGCUCUCGGCGCAGCGGCAACGCGCCACUCGCGGCAAGGCACCUCGCGAACCUGUCGGAGCUAACACGACGGCAUCCGCCGCCUCCGAAGCCCAAGGUGCGUCCUUGUCUCCGGUGCCACCACGCGACCGCGUCGUGACGGAGGACGACUACCGGCUGUCCCCGCAAGAGGUUCAGCGACGAGUGCAGGAAACCCUCGCGGCGCAGGUACGCAGCCUUCUCGAGGCCCGUCUUCAGCAACGGCUUCAACAGGCACGGCAGGCGGAGGCGCUGCGACAGGCGCAGCAAACUCAGGCAGUACAGGCAGAGCGCAGUGCCGCUGCUGAUAUAGACGAUCGCACCGCCCCGCCUGUCUUGGCUGACAUGUGGUCUUCGAAUGCGCCAGAGGAAACGACAGACGUAAACGUCGAGGCAGCAGCGGGGGCAGAAAUGCUCCCCUUCACAACGUCUCGUCUGCAGAUAACUGCGACCUCAUCCGCUGCCGCGGAUGCGCCGCCUGUUGUGGACCCAAAGAAGUACGCCGAGACCGUCAGCGCCCACCCAUACUCCGUCGUGGAGCUGGUCCGGGUAUUCCGCCUGAAGGGCACUUCCGAUUAUAACCGCGGCCUGUUCGCGGGACUGGCGAAGCGCGCCUUCACCACCCGUAGUGGCCACCUCGUGGUGAACCCAGAUUUAGACGGCCAGGGUCACGUGCGUUCAGCCGUGGCGGGACACGUCUGGGAAGAGCAGCGCCUCCAACGGCAGCAGCAGCAGCAGCAGCAGCGGCCGGAACGAAGCGACGUGCACCUCGACGCGGCAGUCAACGCGGUUGCCUCUACUGUCCGGCCGGCGCCGCGUCGACUUGUCAUGAGGGUGGUCGGCGAGGGCGACAACGCGUCCUUUGUGUGGACGGAGGACGACACGCCGUACGAGAUCGUCGACCAGGACGCGCAGUGGACCAACCGGUUCGACUCCGCAAAUGCGGCCGAGACACCGUUGCACACCGCACUGGCAGAGGUGCUCGCCCGCAAGUACGGCAAGCCGCUGACGAAGCAGCAAAGGGCUGAGGCAGUGCGGCGGCUGCGUGAGCGUCGGCGCAGGCAGCGGCAGCAGUAUGACAACAGCAACGACAAGGGCAGCACGGGCGGUCGCCACGGCGCUAAAGAGAAAGGUGGCUCCGGUGACAAUGAAGCGCAGCUGCGCCUCAUCUCCCCGGCGGGGGACGGAAGCACGAACCUGGCGAGCUUAAGCGACGCCGGCGUGGCUGGCGGCUCCCCCCUCUUGUCGCCCACGGCGAAGCAGCAUCUGCUCCUGCGCGACCUUCUCCCCACUGUGUAUGAGAACGACGUGGCGGACGGUCGCUGGCCUCCGGCCACGGCGGCCCCCCACGCUGGCAUGGCUCACUCACGGCGCUCGACGUCAGUCUCCGGGGUGGAGUUCCCAAUGACGUCGCCCAACACGUGGGGGCUUCGCCGCCCCCCUUCUAGCCGCGCCGGCCUCUCCGUCUCGGAGUUGGAGCACACCAUGUCGGUCGGCGAAGCCCUCGAGCGGCACCACGACCGCCAGACACGCGCGGCGCAGUCCUCCGCGCACGGCGAUCGCACCUUGUCGCCGCGGCAAGCGUCCUGGUCAGGGAAACGCCGCAGCGGUGCGUCUGCGUCGCGUACGUCGUCAGGCGACCCGCUGUCGACCGGUAUGAGGAGCGGUGACGGCAGGAGGUCUGGCGGAACGGCCACCCCCUUAUCGCGACGAGUAAGCCGCGGCGGCACACCGGCCUUGGACCUCAAGGGCGACGUCGACCACGUACACAAUCAGGACGGAAGCUCUUCGUCUGGCGCGCCCCGCACCACCGGUGAUGGCGGCGCGUCCUCUGCUGCUACGACCGCUGGCGGUCGCAAACACGACAACGCCGGAAAGGGCACGGCCUCGUCGACGAGUGCAACCGGUGUACUGCAGGCAUUGGCUCAGGACCUUCUUCUCUCCUCCCCCACGGCCGCUGCCGCCACCACGGCUGGCAAGACAGACACAGCGAGCACGUGGCAAGACGCCAGCGGCGGCGCCUCAAAUGGAGACGCGGAGCACCAACAGCUCCACGCCUUCCUCGAGCACUUCCCAGAGGCGGAGUCACACGUGCAGCUGCGGCUGGAGGCAAAGAACAUCCUGGACGAACUGGAGGACAUGUGGGACGAGGACAACACCCUGAACGAGCGUCACUUUCCGCUGCCGCAGUUCGAAAAUCAGGAAUUUCACUUCCCGGGCUUCGAGGACGACGACGAGCGGAAUCGACAGCGGCAGCGGGACGAUGGCGAAAACAGUCGCGGCCCGUCGUCGGGCAGCGGGGUGGAGCAGGAGACGGAGGAGCUGCCGGAGGAGCCCGUGGUGGGCUUCGAGGUAGACACUGACGCCCUGGAGGUAAAGUUCAAGACCGAGGCAGCGGAAGAGUACGCCGAGCUCUCGGCGAAGCGGGACGCCCUUUUGGCCGAGGCGGUCGCCCAGCGUCAGCUUAUCCGCGACUUUGCCGAUGACGUGCACUUCCUCUCGGUCGGCAGCGCGCGCCACGAGCUGAGCGCGGAGCAGUACGCCAUCGAACUCACCCGUGAUGUGAACGCCUACGCGCGAAAGAAUUACCUCCAAUUUAGUCAAUUCACCGCGGAAGACGAGGCCGCGCUGCGCGAGAUGGCCGCCAUUGAUGGGGAGGAGGACGAGGACCUUGCGCUGGACUUUUUGGAGCGCUUUGGCAAAGAUCGGGUGCCGACUCGCGAUGUGGGCUGUCAAGUCAGUGAUGCGGACCUCUGCUACGUGGACGCCGCCGUGCGCUCGACCGAGGCGCAGCUGGAGAGCUUGUUUCACCACGAGAAGGCGCUGCUGAACGCGGUGCGGCUGUCGACGGUCGCCGUGGCGAACAUCCUUAGUUUCCACGCCUCGCUCGAGAUGGAGUCCACCUGCCACGAGUGCUUCUUCGUCUUCGACAAGCCGCGCACUCUCUGGCCGUGCGGACACACAUUCUGUCGCGGAUGCCUGUCCACCAUGUACAACAGUCGCGGCGAUCUCAUCUGCUCCGAGUGCGGCUCUGUGUGCGAGGUCGGCUACACGCCGAAUCUGCCGAUGGAGCUGGUUGCGAACUACCAAACCGUCUACACCCGCGCGGAUGCGGACGCGAAGGCGGCGUCGAAUAGCGCCGUCGCGGAGGAGAAGGAGGCGCAGACAAUAGAAGGGGUGCUGCGCAACCUGUUGAAUGACCUCCUCUCCACCCAACGCAACUGGGAGCCGUCGUGCCCAACGACGUCCUGA